AAAUAAGUUAUUAUAAACCACCUUCUUAAUUUUUAUGGCCUCUCCAUUUUCGACCCCAUGCCAUCGCCUCUCUUUGUCGUGUCCUUUAUGACUGAUUGUUCAUUAUUCUCUGUCCCCAAGAAAAUUUAGAAGCAAAAACAGCUUUUUAUCUCUCAAUUUAGUCCAUGAAUCCUAAUAAGUAUCUCUGUUCAUUGAAGCCCAGGCUUGGCGAAAAUCAUGAUUGCUAAAUGUUGACUUACAACUUACUGAAGGUCCCAAAUGAAUCCAUUUUAUUGCAAUGGAAGAAUUUUGUACAAUUAAACAUUUAAUUAUUUUCUCAUAAGUGAAAUUCGAUCUGGGAUUCAUUUGAAAAGAGUACAUCAGAUGGAAGUUCCAGCAAAGAAGCAGAUGAAGAAGCAGUUAACAGGGAAAAGAGAUGAUACUGCAUUACAUUCAGCAGUAAGAGCAGGGAAUUUACAAGCGGUUGUGGAGAUUAUUACUAAUUGUGGGGAUGAAGAGUUGAAGGAAUUGUUGUCUAAGCAGAAUCAAUCAGGCGAAACCGCGCUUUAUGUUGCCGCAGAAAGUGGUCGGAUUGAUCUCGUGGAGGAGAUGAUAAAGUUCUAUGAUCUUGGAUCUGCUGGAAUCAAAGCUAAAAAUGGUUUCGAUGCGUUUCAUAUCGCUGCCAAACAGCGAGAACUGGGAGUAUUGAAGAUCCUAAUGGAGGCCAUCCCACAACUGUUGGCGACAGUGGAUCAAUCAAAUACGACAGCAUUGCACACUGCAGCAGCACAAGGCCACAUUGAGGUGGUUGAUUUCCUCUUGGAGAAUAACAGCAGUCUCGCUACCAUAGCGCGGAAUAAUGGGAAAACAGCUUUGCAUUCUUCGGCAAGAAAUGGCCAUUUUGAGGUGGUGAAGGCCAUUUUAAGCAAAGAACAACGCAUUGCUACAUGGAAUGAUAAGAAGGGACAGACUGCUCUUCAUAUGGCUGCUAAAGGGCACAGUACUGAAGUAAUUGAAGCACUUGUUGCAUCAGAUCCUGCUUUAGUUACAAUGGUUGAUGGAAAGGGCAAUACUGCAUUGCAUAUAGCGGCGAGAAAGGGUCGAGCACAGAUUGUCCGGACUCUAGUAAAACACAACGGGACUAAUAAAGAAGCCGUCAACAAGUCUGGUGAGACGGCCAUUGACACUGCUGAGAAAACCGGACAUUCAGAUAUUGCAACAAUUCUUCAAGAAUAUGGAGUUCAGAGUGCAAAAUACAUAAAAACACAACCAGCACCAAUUGCAGCAAGAGAACUAAAACAAACAGUAAGUGACAUAAAACACGAAGUUCAUGACCAGCUCGAGCACACACGACAAACUCGAAGACGGAUGCGAGGUAUAGCCAAAAGGCUUAACAAAAUGCAUGCAGAAGGGCUUAACAAUGCAAUUACCUCCACUACAGUUGUUGCAGUUCUUAUUGCUACAGUUGCAUUUGCCGCCAUUUUUACACUUCCGGGCCAGUAUGCUGAUGACCCUAAAAAAGUUCCCCCAGGAUUUUCUCAAGGAGAAGCAAAUAUUGCUCCAGACAUCGAAUUCACGAUCUUCUUCAUAUUUGACUCUCUUGCACUCUUUAUAUCAUUAGCGGUUGUUGUAGUGCAGACUUCUGUGGUAGUUGUAGAGAGGAAAGCGAAGAAGCAAAUGAUGGCUGUCAUUAACAAGCUAAUGUGGCUGGCUUGCGCGUUCAUAUCCGCAGCGUUUCUUGCACUGUGCUUCAUCAUUGUGGGGAAAAAUGAGAGAUGGUUGGCCAUUGGAGUGACCAUUAUAGGAACUUUGAUAAUGGCUACCACACUAGGAACAUUGUGUUACUGGGUGAUCAUGCACAGGAUUGAGGCUUCCAACUUGAGGAGCCUCCGAAGGUCUGCAAGAAAUAGUCGAUCACAAUCGUGGUCCGUGUCAGUGAUGACAGAUUCUGAGAUUCCUGAUGACGAGUAUAAGAAACUUUACGCUCUAUGAUUUAGUUAUUCCGGGCUCUCGAGAAAAUAGAGUCCAAUUCUCUUCUGAGGAGACACAGACUAGAUUGUCUGCUUAGUAUAUAUGAUUCUCAUCUUUUCUGCUUAUAGGAGAGGGCCGGUUUUUUGGCCAAGUAUUGUAGAUAAACUUGCAAGUAUUUCAGAUUUCAAAAUAACUCAUCAGAUUCCUAUAGACGAUAUUAUGAUUUUAGCA